AUGGUAACAUUGACCAACGUCUACACUGAGAUCUUCAAGCAUCGAAAGAUGUUCAGCAAGGAAAACCUCCUCAUGUUGUGGUGCUUCUUGAUGAUCAUCGAUUUAUUUUUGGAGUACUAUCUCGUGAAGAUGAAUAUGAUGUUCUACAUCAUAGCUGGCAUCGUUUACACCAUUCUCAUCGGAUGCAUUAAACUCGAAUCUCUCAAAGGUCUUCGCUUCUUUCGUGCUCUCACGUACAUCUUGAUCCAUGAACACAUCUACUCGCUUGAGUUAGUUCCAGCAAUGCAAAUCCUGAGCUUCGGGCCAGCCCGACCGGUGGAGCAAGUCGCUUCUGUCUCGUUCACCCCAUCGUCAGCUGCUUCUUUGGCUUCUACAACUCUUCAGCAUUCUCCAGCUCCUUCAACCUUGUCGCCCAUGCACACCUCAAUCACAUUCUCAAACUCCAACUUUUCCCUUUAG